GCCCUCCCCGCGUCGCACUUGGUACGCGCCAGCGGGGAGGCCAGGCCCAGCCCCGGCGGUACAAUAGGGUUGGGCCGCGGCCGGGACUGGGCCGGCGCCGGGCAGGGAGCGGGAUCGCGGCCGGAGCCGACAGACACCGGGCGGCCGGCGACUCCGAGUCUCGCAGGCCACCAGCAGAGGCAGCCCGACCUUCUCCGGAGCGCCCCCGUCUCCGAGUCUUGCCCGCCGGGCAGGGCCGGGCGUGAUGCGCCGCGGGACCCCUGUCCUGGCCGCUGGCCGCCGCCGCCGUCGCCGCUGAGAACCCCAAGACCCCCAGUGACGCCGCAGCCAUGGAGAGUGGCCCACAUGCAGAGCCGGGUGCCGGCGCACCCCCAGCUAUGGCAGCCAGGACCCCCCCAGAGCCAAGACCUUCUCCAGAAGGUGACCCCUCCCCACCACCGCCACCACCACCGAUGUCAGCCCUGGUCCCCGACACUCCCCCAGACACCCCUCCUGCCAUGAAGAAUGCCGCUAGUUCUAAGCAGCUCCCACUGGAACCAGAGAGCCCCCCAGCGCCAGUUGCGCCUAGAUCAGCCCCCCAGCAGGAAGAGUCCCCUUUCUCAGAAGUGAAGAUCAGGGGACCCACCCCACCAGCCACCGGCCCACAGGAUGCCAGGCCUCCUCGAAGGAGCAGCCAGCCAUCCCCGACAACGGUGCAAGCUUCCGACAGCCCUCCCACCAAGCAAGAUGUAAAGAAAGCAGGAGAGAGACACAAGCUGGCAAAGGAGCGGCGAGAAGAACGAGCCAAGUACCUGGCGGCCAAGAAAGCGGUGUGGCUGGAGAAGGAGGAGAAGGCCAAGGCGCUGCGGGAGAAGCAGCUCCAGGAGCGCCGGCGGCGGCUGGAAGAGCAGAGGCUUAAAGCCGAGCAGCGCCGAGCAGCCCUGGAGGAGCGGCAGCGGCAGAAGCUGGAGAAGAACAAGGAGCGCUAUGAAGCAGCCAUCCAGCGGUCAGUGAAGAAGACGUGGGCCGAAAUCCGGCAGCAGCGCUGGUCCUGGGCGGGAGCCCUGCACCACAGCUCCCCAGGACGUAAGACCAGUGGGAGCAGGUGCUCCAUGUCGGCAGUAAACCUGCCUAAACACGUGGACUCUAUAAUCAACAAGCGGCUCUCAAAGUCCUCUGCCACGCUCUGGAACUCCCCCAGUAGAAAUCGCAGCCUGCAGCUGAGCGCAUGGGAGAGCAGCAUCGUGGAUCGUCUGAUGACCCCCACCCUCUCCUUCCUGGCACGGAGUCGCAGUGCGGUCACACUGCCCCGCAACGGCCGGGACCAGGCCGUGCCCGUGUGCCCGCGCUCCCUCGCCGGAGUGGCCGAGCAGGUGGGGCAGGGAGCCGGGGCCCAGGGAGCACGGCGCCGUUAACCCCUGCUCCCCCGUCUCCUUCCCCCUCCCCGCCAGGUGCAGAAAAAGGAGAAGAAGGACAAGGAGCGGGAAAACGAGAAGGAGAAGAGUGCCCUGGCCCGGGAGCGCAGCCUCAAGAAGCGCCAGUCCCUGCCUGCCUCUCCGCGCCCGCGCCUGUCUGCGGGCAACGCCGAGCUCAGUCCGAAAGCCAAGGCCCGGCCAUCCUCUCCCUCCACAUCCUGGCACAGGCCUGCCUCUCCCUGCCCCAGCCCAGGGCCAGGCCACGCUCUACCCCCCAAACCACCAUCCCCUCGGGGCACCACUGCAUCCCCCAAGGGGCGGGUUCGGAGGAAGGAUGAGGCAAAGGAGAGCCUGGGUGCGACAGGACCUGUGGACAAGAACCAGAGCAAAAGCAAGACCAGUGAGGAGAAGGAGCCAGCAGCCCCAGCCUCACCAGCACCCUCGCCUGUGCCCUCCCCCACGCCAGCUCAGGCCCAGAAGGAGCAGCCCGCAGCCGAGAUCCCUGCAGAUGCUGCUGUCCUGACCUCACCCCCAGCUCCUGCUCCACCAACGACCCCUAGCAAACCCAUGGCAGGCACCACAGACCGAGAAGAGGCCACUCGGCUCCUGGCUGAGAAGCGGCGCCAAGCACGGGAGCAGCGGGAACGGGAGGAACAGGAGCGGAGGCUCCAGGCAGAAAGGGACAAGCGCAUGCGAGAGGAGCAGCUGGCGCGGGAGGCCGAGGCUCGGGCCGAGAGGGAGGCGGAGGCCCGGAGGCGGGAGGAGCAGGAGGCCCGCGAGAAGGCGCAGGCAGAGCAGGAGGAGCAGGAGCGGCUGCAGAAGCAGAAAGAAGAGGCCGAAGCUCGGUCCCGUGAAGAAGCAGAGAAGCAGCGUCUGGAGCGGGAGAAGCACUUCCAGCGGGAGGAGCAGGAGCGGCAAGAGCGCAGAAAGCGUCUGGAGGAGAUCAUGAAGAGGACUCGGAAGUCAGAAGCUGCUGAAACCAAGAAGCCGGACAGGAAGGAGGCACAAGCCAACAAUUUCAGCCCAGAGCCUGUGAAAGCCGGGGAGGCUCGGCCCUCAGGGCUGCAGAAGGAGGCAGUGCAGAAAGAGGAGCUGGCCCCCCAGGAGCCUCAGUGGAGCCUGCCAAGCAAGGAGUCGCCAGGGUCCCUGGUGAAUGGCCUACAGCCUCUCCCUGCGCACCAGGAGAAUGGCUUCACCCCUAAGGGGCCCUCUGGGGACAAGAGUCUGGGCCGAACACCAGAGGCACUCCUGCCCUUCGCAGAGGCAGAAGCCUUCCUCAAGAAAGCUGUGGUACAGCCCCCACAGGUCACAGAAGUCCUUUAAGGGGUGGCCUUGCAUCCAGGCGCAGCUAUGAGGGCUCCUCUGCAUCAUCGACCAGGACGUCUGGAAGAGAAAGGGACAGAACAAAGCCGGAAGUGGCCUGGCCUCCUGGGGGUGGGUCCUCUGUUAUUUUUAAUCUGCACCUUAUAGACUGAUGUCUCUUUGGCCGGAGCCAGAUCCUGCCCCUCAGUGCAUUCGUGUGCUCACACGCGCGGCCACCCCCACCCCUACACACACAUACACUCACAGCCUCUCUGGCCUCCUCCCAUGGGGAAGGGCCACCUGUAGUAUUUGCCUGGGUUUGGUGGGUACAGUGGAUGUGAAUACUGUAAAUAGCUCGUGCUCAGACUCCUCUGCGUGGAGGGGGCGGGUGCAGGAGGCGGACCCUCCCAAGACUCCCUGGGGUGAUCUUCCUCUCUAUUUAACUGUAACUGAGGGGGAACCCUGGUCUGGGUAUGGGGGGGCACCUUGGGCCACAGGAUACUGGUUGCUUUAGGGGUACCCAUGCCCCCUGCCCUCGCCUGGAAUCAGUGUUAUUGCAUCUGAUCAAACUUCUCCAGAAAUAAAGUGAGAAUAAUUCUGCCAGUCCUGUCUAUCCUUGGGGCUGGCGGUGGGUGGGAGCAGGUGGCCUCUUGCAUUCCAAGAACUUAGGGAGCCAGGGCCUGGCCAUAUCUGCCCCUAUCCGGUACGAGUCCUAAACCUCCUGCGGGCUUCGUCCUGUCAUGAAUGCAUUCAUUUAACAAAUAUGGUACCAGGCAGUGGGCUACAUGCUAGGGAUACAGUAGUAGGAAAAGAUGUAGCCUCUAUUCUCCCAGGGUUUACAGUCUAGCAGGUGAGUGUCAUAGACACCCAGUUGCUUACUCAACAUCAGUUCCCAUUUGCCCAAACAAAUGAUUUUGUUCAAGUGGCCAUCUUCCUCCUGGAUCCCCCCCACCCCCCACCUCUGUGUUUCAGUGGAGGUAGAUCCCAGGCCCAGGGGUGAAUGAUGAUUGUAAUGAGGCAAAAAUGAUGGUCCCCGACCCCUCGUGAGUGACUGGUUUAGGUACAGGCAUGGGACCCCCUGUGGCCAGCAGAUAUAAAGAAAAGCCUCUUGGGCUUCUAGGAGAGGCAUCCUCAUUGGAAAAAAGAAAAAAAAAAAGGACCUCCCAAUGUCCCCCACCUCGUCUUGUUCAUACCCUGUGUAGUCCCUUUCUAUGUGUACCAGGGCUGGGCUGAGUGGCUGACAGCACACAGCAGAAGUGAUGGGUGUCACAUGAGAGGCUAGGUCAUAAAGGCAUUGCGGCUUCUGUUUUGGUCGCUCUCUUGCUCUUGGACCCUCUGUGGAGGAAGCCGCUGCCACAUUGCAAACAGCCCGAGGGGUCCGCAUGCCAAGGGACUGAAGCCCCCUGCCAAAAACCACAUGAAUAAGCUUGGGAGCAGCUUCUCCAGCCCCAGUGAAGCCUUCAGAUGACUUCAGCCCUGGCCAACAGCUUGACAAUAACCUCAAGAGCACCUCUGCCAGAACAGCUAGCUAAGUCACUCCUGGGUUUCUAGCCCUCCGAAACUGUGAGAUAAUAAACAUUGUUUUAGACUGCUAA